AUGCAAGUGUGGUUCAUGUUGCGGAUCCGGGCAACGGGUUUUACAUGGAGAGUCGAUGAAGUUGCAGCACAGUAUCGGACAACCAGUUUUGCCGGUCUGAUUUAUGGUGCAGAUAUAUACAAUAUUGAUGAUCUUUUGUUGAUUCUGAAUGGUGAGGUAGCUCAUAAGUUUGAUGUUAUUAUGGUCGAUUUGGAUUCAAGCGAUAAAGUUUUCCAUGAUCUGUACAAGAUAGAUGUAGGGAAUGAUGAAAAUUUCAUUCCUAUUGCCACAAUAUUACCUCUGGUGUUUUCUGUUGGGGAUUGUAGUAGUCCUUUUCUGUUGCAAUCGAAAUCAGUUAUUCCAAAAACAUACAUCAAUUUCAUAAGAAAGGUAUAA